GGGACACGAGGGGACAUGCAGGGACACUCCUGGGUCACCUUCUGUGACCCCCUGGUGUCCCCCAGGGUGGCACAUGGGUGGCGAGUCCUAGGCCACCCAUGGCAGGCUGGGGACGUCGUGGCUCCCUGUGACCCCCGGUGUCCCCGGUGUCCCCAGGGCCAGCGGUGGCACGUGGGGGGCGAGUCCUUCGGGCGGCCCUGGCAGGCCGGGGACGUCGUGGGCUGCCUCAUCGACCUGGGCGAGUGCCACAUGAGCUUCACCCUCAACGGGGAGGUGCUCAUCGGGGACGGCGGCUCCGAGGUGGCCUUCAGGGACUUCGAGGUGGCCGACGGCUUCGUGCCCGUGUGCAGCCUGGGGCUGGGCCAGGAGGGCCACCUGAACCUGGGCCAGGACGUGGGCACGCUGCGCUACUUCGGCAUCUGCGGCCUGCAGGAGGGCUACGAGCCCUUCGCCAUCAACAUGAAACGGCCCAUCGCCCUCUGGUUCAGCCACAGCCUGCCCCAGUUCAUCCCCGUGCCCCCCGAGCACCCCCAGCUCGAGGUGACGCGCCUGGACGGCACGGUGGACGCCCCGCCGUGCCUGCGGCUGUCGCACCGCAGCUCCGGGACCCCCGCGGCGCCCCCCGAGCUGCUGUUCCUGCGCCUCAGCCUCCCGGUGCAGUUCCACGCCACCUUCCGCUGCACGCCCGGCGCCACCCCGCUGCCCCAGGCGCCCCCCCCGGAGCCCCCCGAGGAUGUCGCCGCCGAGCCCCUGUCCGAGUUCGAGCGGCUGCGGCGCUCGGCCGGGCCCCGCAGCACCGAGGGGGACGAGGCCGCCGAGAAGGGACCCCCGGGGGCGGCCCCCGGAGCGGCCCCCCGGGAGCUGCCCCGCGGCGAGAACGAGAAGGACGCGACCACCGAGAAGAGCAAGACCCGGAGGGGGUUCCUGUUCAAGGGCAGGAAGACCCCCUUCACGCCCCCCCCCUACUACUACUCGGUGCGGCUGUUUGCGGGGCAGGAGCCGGGCAGUGCCUGGUACUACUACUCGGUGCGGCUGUUUGCGGGGCAGGAGCCGGGCAGUGCCUGGUACUACUACUCGGUGCGGCUGUUUGCGGGGCAGGAGCCGGGCAGUGCCUGGUACUACUACUCGGUGCGGCUGUUUGCGGGGCAGGAGCCGGGCAGUGCCUGGGUGGGCUGGGUCACCCCCCACUUCCACCAGCACGACCCCGACUUCGAGCUGAGCCGCGUGCGCAGCGUCACCGUCACCAUGGGCGACGACCGCGGCAACGUGCACGACAGCAUCAAGCGCAGCAACUGCUACAUGGUGUGGGGGGGGGAGUUUGCGACCCCCACGCAGCAGGCCCGGGUGUCCCACACUGACCUGGUCAUCGGCUGCCUGGUGGACCUGGCCACGGGGCUCAUGACCUUCACAGCCAACGGCAAAGAGAUCAACACCUUCUUCCAGGUGGAGCCCAACACCAAACUGUUCCCGGCGGUGUUCGUGCAGCCCACCACCCAAAACGUGCUCCAGUUCGAGCUGGGCAAGCUCAAGAACAUCAUGCCCAUCUCGGCGGCCAUGUUCAGCAGCGAGCGGCAGAACCCGGCGCCGCAGUGCCCGCCGCGGCUGGUGAUCCAGCAGCUGACCCCGGUCACCUGGAGCCGCAUGCCCACCGAGUACCUGGCCGUGGAGAGCGCCCGGCUGGGCGAGCGCCAGGGCUGGGCUGUGGAGUGCUCCGAGCCCCUGCAGAUGAUGGCCCUGCACAUCCCCGAGGAGGACAG